UAUCACUUGAAUCUAGUGACCGAAACGUUCAAGAUGAGAUCUUUUGUGUUAAUCCUUGCCCUAGCCCUUGUGGCUACAGUCAGUGCCGCGCCGAAAUCAACUAACCGUUGUAAGGAUGUCGCGAGUGGAACCAUCAUGCCAUCCCUCGAUUGCCAGUUCUACGUCGUCUGCCAGCAGGGUCGAGAAAUGAAGGUGCGCUGUCAACCCAUGGGAACCUUCUUCGACGUCAACCGCCAGGUUUGCGACAAACGCCCAAGAGUCACCUGCUGGGAUGGGUCUGAGUCAUCCGAGAGUACGGAGGAGACAACCGUUGCGGAGCAAACUACCACUGAAGAUGCUACGACGACGGCAGCUUCGAAGGAAUCAUCCAAGGAGUCCUCCAAGGAAUCGUCCAAGGAAUCGUCCAAGGAAUCGUCUAAGGAGUCAUCUAAGGAAUCUUCCAAGGAAUCUUCCAAGGAAACAUCUGGAGAAAACUCGGACGAAACUACUACGACUGGCACCGAUGAGACAACUUCAGAGUCUGCCCAAACCGAAAUCGUUACGGAGGAGGCAACCACCGGGGAACCUGCCACGACUGAGGUGGCCACGACUGAGGUAGCCACGACUGAGGUAGCCACGACUGCCGCCCCGCCAACCGUUGCCGAGUUGUGCCGUGGUAUCGUAAUAGAUAUUCUGCCUCACCCAACGAACCCCAAGCAGUUUGUGAUCUGUGUCAUGGGCCGUUUCCAGGUGCAGCAGUGCAACGAAGGUCAAAUUUUCAAAGCACUUGUGCGUGCUUGUGGCGUUUGAGUCGUUGAUUGAUUUUCGAGAAAUGAACACAUUUCGUGUUAUUCAGUUACAUGAUGCAAAAUGAUCACAAUGAAUUUUUGAAAAGAAAAAAUCAAAAUCGAAUAUUGUAGUGGAUUUGGUCAUUUAAACAAAUAAAAAUUACAUGCAAAGAUAA